AUGCGCAGUUUUGCUGUCACGACUUGUCUGCUGCAACUCCAAUCCAGAGGUAAACAUGGCGUUGAAGGUGCUGAAGGGAAUGGUCAGCGGAGCUGUUAACGAGCUCUCAUCAGCCGUUACCGGCAACAAGACGGCUGCCUCCCGGGAGCAAGUCCUGGCCGUUAAACGCGACUACAUCUCCCAGCCGCGCCUGACCUAUAAGACAGUGUCUGGAGUGAACGGGCCUCUUGUGAUUCUGGACCAGGUGAAGUUCCCCAGGUAUGCAGAGAUUGUCCACCUGACCCUGCCAGAUGGAACCAAGAGGAGUGGCCAGGUGUUGGAGGUUACAGGGUCUAAGGCCGUGGUGCAGGUGUUUGAGGGGACAUCAGGUAUUGAUGCUAAGAAGACCAGCUGUGAGUUUACAGGAGACAUCCUACGCACCCCUGUCUCUGAAGAUAUGCUGGGUCGCGUGUUUAAUGGAUCAGGCAAGCCCAUCGACAAAGGCCCCACAGUGAUGGCAGAAGACUACCUGGACAUCAUGGGCCAGCCUAUCAACCCUCAGUGUCGUAUCUACCCGGAGGAGAUGAUCCAGACAGGGAUCUCUGCUAUAGACGGCAUGAACAGCAUCGCUAGGGGGCAGAAAAUACCCAUCUUCUCUGCUGCAGGACUGCCACACAACGAGAUAGCGGCUCAGAUCUGUCGUCAGGCAGGCCUGGUGAGGAAGUCUAAAGAUGUGAUGGACUACAGUGAUGACAACUUCGCUAUCGUCUUCGCCGCAAUGGGGGUCAACAUGGAGACAGCUCGGUUCUUCAAGUCAGACUUUGAGGAGAAUGGUUCCAUGGACAACGUCUGUCUGUUCCUCAACCUGGCCAACGACCCCACUAUAGAGCGUAUCAUCACGCCCCGCCUAGCUCUGACAUCAGCAGAGUAUCUGGCCUACCAGUGUGAGAAGCACGUCCUUGUCAUCCUGACUGACAUGAGCUCCUACGCAGAGGCGCUACGAGAGGUCUCAGCGGCCAGAGAGGAGGUCCCAGGUCGUCGUGGUUUCCCAGGCUACAUGUACACUGACCUAGCCACCAUCUACGAGAGAGCUGGUCGGGUGGAGGGACGCAACGGCUCUAUCACCCAGAUCCCUAUACUAACUAUGCCCAACGAUGACAUCACUCACCCCAUCCCUGAUCUGACAGGGUACAUCACUGAGGGACAGAUCUACGUGGACAGACAACUGCACAACAGACAGAUCUAUCCUCCCAUCAAUGUUCUGCCAUCACUGUCUCGUCUGAUGAAGUCAGCCAUCGGAGAGGGGAUGACACGCAAAGACCACUCUGAUGUCUCCAACCAGCUGUAUGCGUGUUAUGCUAUAGGUAAGGACGUGCAGGCGAUGAAGGCUGUGGUAGGAGAGGAGGCUCUGACGCCUGAUGAUCUUCUCUACCUGGAGUUCCUACAGAAGUUUGAGAAGAACUUCAUCGCCCAGGGAGCCUAUGAGAACAGGACUGUGUUUGAGACACUGGAUAUCGGCUGGCAGCUGAUGAGAAUCUUCCCCAAAGAGAUGCUGAAGAGAAUCCCUCAGAGCACGCUGGCAGAGUUCUACCCCCGCUUGAAGUAAUGAUGACAAACAUAGGGAUGCAUAGUGACACACACAACUCCAACCCUUCCCUCUUGCUCGGCCUCUUUGUAAAUGGUGUUGCUGUUGUAACAUUGCCAGUAGCUUCUGUACUGUAUGCAUUAUCAUAGGCUAGUACUGAUACUGUCACACACAGAGGCAACCCCUUACCCGAACAGAUAGACCCGUAGAAAUAGAAGAUGCAGAUGAUGGAGACAGUGGAGCCAAAUAGCCUGGUAAUAGGGUCUGGGAUUUUCCCUGGCCAGAUCACAUGAUCAGGAAAAUCUCCUGGCCUUGGCUGUUAGAUGUAUUGGAUGGAUAGAUGGACGGAAAGGGAGCUGGAUGAAUAGUGAAUGGUCUGUUAUAAGUCAGAGGGAUGGGGUAUUUUAACAGGAUGUGUAGGUGUACUUUAGGCGUACUGUAGGUGUAGACUAGUGAAUAUGCAGUGAUGAUGCAUGUGUAUGAAAGAUGGGCUCAAGGCUAACAGCCUAUUUCACUCACAAGUCAUUGUUUAAGUUUCUAAUGGCCUGUUGUUAUGACCAUAUUAGCUGCCUGUGCGUUGCUCCUAGUAUCUUUUGCAUAGAUCAGUGCCGUUUCUGCGCCGAAUUGACCCAAAAGCCCCCUUAAUUCAUUGAACUAAAGCCAGAGACACAACACACAAACUGCCUGUUGUUAUUAUUACCUGUUCACUGAGUGCACAAACAUUAGGAACAUUAGGUCUUCCUAAUAUUGAGUUGCAACCCCUUUUGCCGUCCGAACAGCCUCAGUUCGUCAGGGCGUGGACGACAAGGAGUCGAAAGCGUUCCACAGAGAUGCUGGCCCAUGUUGACUCCGAUGCUUCCCACAGUUGUGUCAAGUUGUCCGGAUGUCCUUUGGGUGGUGGACCAUUCUUUGAUACACACAAGAAACUGUUGAGCAUGAAAACCCCAGCAGCGUUGCAGUUCUUUGAACAGUCAGACCGGUGCUCCUGGCACUUACUACCAUACCCCGUUCAAAGGCACUUAAAUCUUGUGUCUUGCCCAUUCACCCUCUGGAUGUCAAUUGUCUCAAGACUUAAAAAAUCAUCCUUUUUUUAACCUGAAUCUUCCCCUAAAUCAACAAUGAUUGAAGUGAAUUUAACAAGUGUCAUCAAUAAGGGAUCAUAGCUUUCACCCGGAUUCACCUGGUCAGUCUGUGUCAUGGAAAGAAGCAGGUGUUCCUAAUGUUUUGUACACUCAGUGUAUAUGUGUCGUCUAUAUAUUUCUCUCUCUAUUCCUCUAUUGUAGCUGCUCCGUCGACACGCACGCUGUGGUUUAGUGAUGACAAUGUUGUUAUUUACGGUGAAGACUUCUAGAGUAGACAGAUGUACUGUACUUAUGUAUGUGUUCCUCCUAUAUCUUUUGGUAAAUGUUCUGUUUCGGGAUUUAUGGUUAGUGUCGUUUUGGUCUAAAUGCAGGCAUGACUGCUCAGCUUUCUGGGGUGUGUCUGUGCAAUAAAGGAAUACACGCUG